AUGCGCCAAACAAGCGUCAAGUUGCUGCAUUCCAAGCGGCUUGAGAUAAAGCAACGGAUGCUGCAGCGUAACGAGGCACGAAGAAGUCAGUUGCGGCAUGCAGAGCUAGACAGUUGCCGUGCACAGUCGACUGAAGGUGGCGAUCCAGAAAAGGACGCCUACGAAUUUAUUGGCAGAGAAUUUCAUUGCGAUGUGGGCGAUCCCGCCGUGUUGGACCUCCUUCUUAGUAUUGAGGAGGAGAUCAGGAACGAACAGUUGGUGUCGUUGUACGAAGAGAGUCAAAAUGAAGACUGGGAAAAGUACUUCCAACACCUUGCUCGACCAUGA